AUGGUGAGCAGACAGAGCAGUCCUCGAACGGAUUCGUUAGACUAUCGAACGGAGCUUCUAUCGCCUGCUGCAGCGGCAGAGAAUGCGAACAUGAUGGCAAGGGAGCCGUCUUGGCAACUUAGUAUGGAUAAGUUCCAGUUGCCAGAGAGACGGAUGGAUUCUCAAUUUGGCUUUGGAUAUUUUCUUAAGACACUAAGGAGACAAAAGAAAAUUUCACAAUAUUACAGGAGGCAGGAAAAGCUUAUCGAGGGAUUCAAUGAAGUGGACUCAUUCAUUGAAUUGGGCAUUUUGCCUGGAAGUUUAACUGAGGAUGAAAUGAAACAACUUGCAAGGAAUGAGAGAGUGGCAAUAUAUGCAUCAAACGUAGCCAACUUGGUGCUUUUCCUGGCAAAAGUGUAUGCUUCUAUUGAGAGCAGAUCAUUGGCAGUGAUAGCUUCAACCUUGGACUCCCUCUUGGAUCUAUUGUCAGGAUUUAUUCUGUGGUUUACUGCUAAUGCUAUGAGAAAACCAAAUCGAUAUCGAUAUCCCAUUGGCAAGCAAAGAAUGCAACCUGUGGGAAUAGUUAUCUUUGCAUCAGUAAUGGCAACUCUUGGAUUACAGAUAUUGUUCGAGUCAGGAAGAGAACUUGUUAUCAGGGCUCAGCCAGAAAGAGAUCCUAACAAAGAAAAAUGGAUGAUUGGCAUUAUGGUCUCUGUCACGGUGGUAAAAUUUGUGCUUAUGGUCUAUUGCCGACGAUUCAACAAUGAAAUCAUUAGCGCAUAUGCUCAAGAUCACUUCUUCGAUGUCGUGACUAAUUCCAUCGGUCUAGGGACAGCAGUGUUAGCUAUCAAGUUUUACUGGUGGAUUGAUCCUAUUGGGGCCAUCCUUAUAGCUUUAUACACGAUGAGCAACUGGGCGAAGACGGUCGUGGAGAAUGUUUGGUCGUUAAUAGGGAGGACAGCUCCUCCAGAGUAUUUAGCUAAGCUGACAUAUCUAAUCUGGAACCAUCACAAGGAGAUUAAGCACAUUGAAACUGUCAGAGCAUACACAUUUGGUUGUCAGUACUUUGUGGAGGUUCAUAUAGUCUUACCGCAGGACAUGUCUCUUGAUCAAGCACAUAAUAUUGGAGAGACACUUGAAGAGAAGCUAGAACAACUUCCUGAAGUUGAGAGAGCUUUUGUCCAUGUGGAUUUUGAUGCCACACAUCAGCUGGAGCACAGGUCCAAACGUCCAUGA